GAGUCAAUCACCACGCUAGUCGUCGCCUUUCUCCCACCGCUCGGCAAUUCCCCGCCAGUGCCCUCUCGAAUCAAUCACCACGCUCCCCUGCGACGACGUCCUCUUUGAGCACAUCCUCUGCCACCUCUCCUCCCCAUCCAAUACCUCACGCAUCGUCACCCUCGACGACCUCAAGACCGGCACCCUACCCUGCUGCUGCGUUCCUGCCAUCGGCGACUCGCUCCCGCUUCUCCACGACAUCUCCGUCGACAAGGGCGAGCGCGCCACCCUUCUCGCUGGAGCCAGCCACCAACGUCGCCAUCCCAGUUGAGUACCUACCCUGUAUUGACGCGCAGAUUGUCGCCCCCGUGGCAGGGAAAAGGGUCGCCGCUGAUCUAGACUAAUCAAGUCAGGCGGACGUCUCCUGCCUCCCCACUGCACUAAUCAAGUCAUAGCAGGUUAGCAGCCCCAAAAAUUCCCAGAGACAUCGAUAUUCUCUUAGUUGAAGGUGCAGGGGGUAUAAAGCCGACGAGAAGAAUACCAAAAAGGGCAGAAGAUCUCAGGUUUCGCGAAGCAAUACUGAAGGCCGAUUUCUAGCUUCUUUUUGCAAUAUGCUUUAUUGGGAUUGGAUCUGGAAUCAUUGUUGUUAAUAAUCUAGCACAAAUAUGAAUUGUUGGAGUUGUUGCCGAUAGAACCACUGAGGCACUGACUCUCUAUCUACAGUUUCUGCAAUUUUUUGGGUGGCUAGGAGGGGGUGUUGCUUCUUAGUAUCUUGUCAGCGACCCGGCAGGAAAAGAAAAAUAAAUGAAAUGAAAUGCAGGUCCGUCCUGGUUUUCCAGUUCAUAUCCUCGUCUCUCUCUGGCCGUCUCCUCACCUCACGGAUCAACAGGCGGACAUAGCAGCCGUCCUCGUUCUGCCUCAGGUUGAUUCCUUGUUACAUCUCCCAUCUGCAUGCAGUUCCGCAAUGUCAUAGGAUGCCUACAUCAACACCAAGCAAGCAAGCAGCUAGCUAGCGUGGUUAGUUAUAUCUUCAAAUCAGUCUACAGGGAUGGAUCUAGUGACAGGUCCGCUAGCCAUUCUCCCGUCCAAGCUGCAGGAGCUACUCCAAAUCCAAGAUGAGUAUAGGCUCCAGAAGGAAGUGAGGGGCAGAGUGGAGAUGAUCUGCCGGGAGCUGCAAAGUAUGCACGCUGCCCUCCGUAAGGUGGCUGAUGUGCCGCGGGAUCAGAUCGACCUCCAGACCAAGGUGUGGAGACGCGAUGUCAGAGAGGCAUCCUAUGACAUUGAGGAUGCCAUCGACACCUUUCUCAUGCGCAUCAGAGACCGCGCGCCAAGUGACCCAAACAGGUUUCGACUUGCCAUGAAGAAGAUGACCAAGCUGUCAAGAAAGGUUAAGGCUAUCCAUGAAAUUGGUGCUGCCAUCGGAGACAUCGUGAGGAAAAUCCAGGAGUUGGUGGACCGGCGUGUCAGGUACAAACUUGAUGUUGCUGCAGACAGGUCAAUCAGCAUGGUUAGUGUUGAUCCUCGCCUUGCAGCUUUGUACAAAGAAGCGACACAACUCAUUGGCAUCGACCAAUCAAUGUCUGAAAUAAUAUCCAUGCUGCUCUCGGAUGAGUCGGGCCAGCAACACAUUAAGAAGAUUUCUAUUGUCGGAGCUGGAGGACUAGGCAAGACCACCCUUGCUAAAGAAACAUAUGAAAGGCUUAGAAGUGAAUACGAGUUUGCAACUUUUGUUUCAGUUGGCCAAAAUCCUGACUUGGUGAGAGUUUUCAAGAACAUCCUCGUUAAGCUUGACAUAUACCAGCAAGUGGACACUAUCAACAGAACAGAUACGCGAGCGCUCAUCGAUGAAAUCAGACAGCGCCUUAGCUAUGUGAGGUGCAGGUAUCUCAUUGUUAUCGAUGAUGUAUGGGAUCUGGAGUCUUGGCAUACACUAGAAUUGGCAUUUGUUGAAAAUAACAAUGGGAGUGGAAUAAUCAUAACUACUCGUAAUUUUGCUGUUGCCACAAUAGCUGGUCGUGUUUACAAGUUAAGGCCACUUUCGUACCAUCACUCCAAAGAAUUAUUCUACAGAUCGUUAUUUGGUGAAGGAGUAUGCCUUGAUGAUCAAAUAAUCAAUAAGGCAUCAGAUAAAUUUCUAAAGAAAUGUGAUGGUAUACCGUUAGCUCUCAUCACAAUGGCUAGUUUGUUCAUGGGAAAACCAACACAAAUGUGGUCUGAGCUAGCCAAUAAUGCUUUUGGACAUAAAGGUCGUAACAGUCAUUUAGAAGAAACGACUAUGAGGAUAUUAUCACUUAGCUACUCUGAUUUGCCAUUGAAUUUGAGGACUUGCUUUGUAUAUUUGAGUAGAUAUCCAGAUGAUUAUGUUAUUAAUAAAAGUUCUUUGAUAUGGAAAUGGAUAGCUGAAGGUUUUAUCCAAGAGGAGCAAGGAAAACAGUUAUUUGAGCUCGGGGAAGAAUUCUUCAACGAGCUCGUAAGUAGAAGCAUUAUACAAGUGGUCCAAUCAAAAUUUGAUAACACAGUGCAAGGCUUUCGUAUUCAUAGUAUGGUUCUUGGUCUUAUUCGCCUGUUGUCAUCCGAAGAAAACUUUGUUUCUGUAUUGGACGAAGAAGGGCAAAUAUCUAUAUCAGGCAAACUUCGUCGGUUAGCCAUCCAUAACAGAAAAGAAGAGCACAACCUUGGAGACAAUAUGGACCUCCUCCCAUGGUUGAGGUCGUUUACUGCAAUUGAAUGUCCUAUAUACAUGAUACCUCCGGUUUUCAUCUUCAAAUUGUUACGUGUUCUGGAUUUAGAGAGUUGUGGGUCUAUGGAAGGUUAUGAUCUCAAGCAGCUUGGAAAUUUACAUAAUCUCAGGUUUAUCGGUCUAUGUAAUACAUAUGUCCGGACGCUCCCACAGGAAUUAGGGCAUCUAAAGUUUCUGCAGACGCUUGAAUUGAAAGGAAGUGGCGUUGAAGAACUACCUUCGAGUAUGGGUGAGCUUGCAGGGUUAAUGUGCCUCAACGCUGACUGGACAACAAGAGUGCCCAAGUGGAUUGGGAUGCUUACUUCCCUGCAACAGUUGGUGAUGUACCCUUGUGGUGGCUACUCGGCAAGGUGGUUUGUCAAGGGGCUGGGACACCUGAGGGAACUAAGGAUGCUCCGUUUGUUGAUAAAAGCAGAUGACGAGAAGCAGCUUGCACAAUUGCUGGAGUCUGUUUUAAAACUGCCCAAGAUCGAGGCUUUACAUCUUGAUUACUAUGGCGGCGUACAGUUAAACAGGCUUGUUAAGUUGGAACCUAGUGAUUUUGCCUGCAGUGGACGUCUUCGUUCCUUAGAAUUGCAGUUGUUGGAAUUCUCAAGGCUGCCUGUGUGGCUUAAUGCUUACUAUCUUCCACAGAUCCGUGACUUGUCGCUGUUGAUGUUUGAUGUGGAUAAACAGGAUCUGAAAAACCUUGGGGACUUCAAGGAGCUCCGUCAUCUCCAUCUGCUAAUUGUUAACACUGAACGCAGAGAUGCUAUUACUUGUGCCAGUGGUGGAUUCCGGAAUUUGAGAUUCUUCAGUAUCACUAAACCAUUCAAGUUUCAACAGGGAGAUCUGCCUAGGCUUGAAAUCCUUGAUUUUCAUUUCAAUGUGCCACUCCAAAGUGGUGCCAAUAGUGGCCUGGAUUUUGACUUCGGUUUGGAAAAUAUCCCUUCGCUUCAGCAAGUCAUUGUUCAAAUCAACUGUCUAGAUGCCUUUCCUCUUCCAGAGGAGGUGGAGACAGCCCUAAGGCACGCAAUCGGCGUCCAUCCCAACCGUCCCAUCGUUGACAUCAGUUUGCCUCGACGAAAAUUAGACAAGGCAGACAACGACGGGGCCGAAGGGCGUAGUAAGUUGGCUCAUUAUUCAAAAUCAUUAUCAUCGGCACAUGAUAAGCCAAUGGAUGAGCUAAUAAAGAGGUUAUAUGUGGUGGACAAUGAGGCCUACGAUAAAAAGAUGAAGAUUGUGCCUAUUGUUAGAUCUGAAGGGCUGGGGAAAACUACUCUUGCCCAAAAAGUAUUUGACAAGCUUAGUCCACAUUUUGACUGUGCAGCAUUUGUUCUGGUAGGCCAAAAUCCGGACAUGAGGAAAGUUUUCACUGACAUUCUCAUAGGUCUAGACAACCAAAAGUACCAAGAUUUCCCUAUGACUAUAUUGGAUAUAAUUGAGCUGAUUGGGUUAGUCCGUAAAUCGCUCAUAAACAAAAGGUUCUUUGUUGUAGUUGACGAUGUAUGGGAUUUGAAAGCAUGGGACAUAAUAAAGUCUGCAUUGAUCGAAAACACUAAUGGCAGUGCAGUUCUAACAACGACAAGUCGUCAGAUCUGGGAACAUGAGAACUGGAGGCCAUCUGGGGAUGACAAGUCGGAUUCUGACGCAGAGCAGUUAGAGCCUCAUUUGGACGUCACAACCCCCGCGGAUGUCCUCCCAGCGUCUUCCCCGAGCAAGAGCAAGGUGGUGGCCCAUGUGGAACUCCGCCACGACGACCCAGAUUCCUCUGCAUUUGGAAUCCCGCAAGUAGCAGGGGAUACUCAACCUGAGCUCCGCCUUUUCCCCGAGGCGGAUGCGGAUCUUAAAGGGUUCUUCUACGAAAACCUAUUUGGAUCGGAAGACAAGUGCCCUGAUGAUCUGAAAGAUAUAUGUAAAGAUCUCAUACAAAUAUCUGCUGGUGUCCUAUCAGAUGCCUAUGAGACCGUGGAAGAGCUCAGAGGUAUUACCUACGACACUGGAAAGCUGGCAGCCUGUGUAUCAGAGAAGAAAAUUCGAGCUCUCUUAUCCCAAACUACCUGGCCAUCUAAAGGAUUGCUUAAGAUAUUUUAGUAUGUUUCCAAAAGGUUACGAGAUCAGUGCAGAACGCUUAGUUUGGGCGUGGAUAGCUCAAGGUUUCGUAAAGGAGACUCAGGGACAGAAUGAUUUGGAGAAAGUCGGAAAGAAGUACCUUAUUGACCUUAUAAGCAGAAAGAUGAUCGAAGCAGUGGAGGUUCAUGCUGAUGGUAUGGCCCUCUCAUGCCGUGCGUACGAUUUGUUGCAUGGCUUGAUCGUUUCAUUGUCAACAGAAGAAAAAUUCGUUGAAAUUCUAAAUGACUCGCAGUCGCAGGAGAGAGCUUCGAAUCCGAAUACAGAAGUUCACCGGCUGUCCAUCCAAAUCCAGAGAAAUAAUAUGCUACACCCCCUGCCAAAAGCUUGGAUGAAACAAGUGCAGUCACUUGUUGUCUCGUCUGAUACCGUGCCAGACCUCUCAGAUUUUCAGGGUCUUCAUGCCAUGGACUUAGGAGGCUGCGAUUCAUUGCAGGUUGAUCAUCUCAAGGGUAUAAGUAAAACAACAUCUUUGAUAUAUCUGGCCAUAGGAGGAAAAUAUAUCGCUGACGUCCCGAAAGAAGUUUCUUGGCUCAAAAAGCUGCGGACAUUGGAUUUAACUGCAAGUGGUCUGAGUGAAUUGCCACGAUGUAUUUUAACGCUAACUAAUUUGGAGCGGCUAUUUGUUAAUAGCCAUAUGAAGAUUCCUGGUAAGAUCUCAAAAAUGUCAGGUUUACAAGAACUGGGCGACAUCAAUAUUGUUAAGCCAGAGUUACUUAAAAGGCUCCGUAAAUUAAGUAAGUUAAGGGUUCUCAGAAUUGCCAUGUGGUCUUGGGAUGAGGGUUCUAAGAGCUCUGUUAAACUAUGGUGGGAGACCCUGCACUCAUUAAUCGGGUCCUGCAAAAAAAUUGAGAGUCUCUGCAUACUGACCUUCUGCUCCCUUGAUUUCAUGGAUGGUUCCGGUGAUGAUAAUAAAUGGCCGCCUCAAACUCUCAAAAACCUCGAGAUAAGUCACAGCGCAUUUCUGGAUAAGCUCCCAAGUUGGUUUGACUCACUUUCCACCAUCUCCUCGUUGACAAUCGAGGUCAACAAGUUAUCAAAGAACAUCACUGACACUCUGGCAAAGCUGUCUGCUCUAAGAUCCCUUUCCCUGACAUCCAUAGAAAAGCCAGAACCAGAAGUACGCUUUGUCAUCGGCUCUGCUGGUAGAUUCGAGAAUCUAGAAAGCUUAAAGUUUGUGUGUAAUGAAAUGGUAAAUUUGCUUGAAAGACCGGAAUCGAAUGCUACCCAACAGUUAACAGGGCUUACUAUCGUGUUUCAUGCUUCACGAACAGAACGCAGCCGAAACAAAGAUUUCAGGUUUGGUUUGGACAAACUGCUGUCCCUACAGCACGUUCGUGUUGAAAUAAACUGUUCCAAUGCGACGCAGCGGACGGUGAAAAAUGCAGAAGCUGCAAUUGGGGAAGAAAUAUCAAAAAUACGCAGGGAUGACGGGAGUCAGCCAAUCCUGGAAAUACGAAGACUCCAGGAAGAAAGUAUGAUAGCAGGGAAGGACCAAACCCAGGAUGCUAAUAAGACACCGUCUUCUUCGUCUACUAUGGAAACUACAUUGCGAGCCCAACCUAUUGGGGAAUCAUUAAUGCCUAGUGUUGAGACUGUUUCUUCCAAGGUCUUCGUCUCUCAGAACAGCUCCAACGACACAUUUUUUAAUAAUGUAGGUAUCCUCACAAGCUCCACGAAAAUAAAGACAUUGAAAGAGAGAGCGCUUCAGGAACUUACUGCUGAAAAGCAAGGCUCAACUGCUCUCCACCAAGAAGUAGAUGAACUCAACAAGAAGUUGGCAAAAACUCAAAGGGAGUUUGAGGAGUUUAAGAAGCAACAGGAAGAGAACAAUCUGCUUCUCAAGCAUAUCUUGCACUCCAACAACGCUGGUAAUGAUGGAGGGGCCAUUGUGGACGUAUAACUUAUCUCAACCAAAUGAAAAUAUGCGAGAAUCAGCACACAUUCAAAAUCGGUCUGGGCCAUGAAGAAUUACAGGGGAAGUCACCUGAAGAAGCUCAGAAGCAUAUAGAGAAAAUGAAGAAGAAUUUUGAAGCUCAAUACGCUAUCUACCUAGGACACGCAAUGCUUCAGUUUCAACAUAGGGAAUCCCUAGUGGCCCCUUACAACUUCGAAUAAGUGUGAGUUUGCAUACAUAAAAUUAAUAAUUUCAAUAGACAUGCACCACAAAUUUGAUUCGUGUAGGGACCAUCGGAUCUACUUCAUCAUUCAUCCCAAAGAUGGAACGGUGUUGUUCCUAGAUUCCAUAGUUCACAAGCCUUCAAGAUAUGCAAAAUUCAUGACCAUCUUAGCGGUAAGCCUAGAUAUACAUGCAUACUUUUAUCGAUGAGAUUUUGAAAAUAACAUGGUGAUUCUAUUCGAGAUUAUAGGGCAUAUAGGUUUUAUAAGAUUAAAGGUGGAAUGUGCAAGUCUUUGAAAAAAGGACAACCAUUGGAAAUAUUUUAUAAAUGGCUGGUUAAUAUGUAAAUUUAUGAAUACAUAUCAUACAUGUAUAAUACAUAGGACAAUAUUACAACUAAAUAACCAAUUUCCCGUUAUUUAGUGCCACAAGCAAUCAACCGGAUCAGUCCUCUUUGAUUCUAUAUGUGCGAGUUUAAGCGAGAGAAUCGACGAUACAUCAAGAACCCUUCUAAGUAAUAUAAGUAAUAGUCAUGUAUGUAGUUUUGUCAUUAGAGUUGCAAAUGUAUUAUCAAGUGUAAAUGUAUGCUGUUUAUAAACUUCCUUUCUAGAAA